AUGAGCCGGCAGGAUCUGCUCGCUGUCGUCAAGGUCAAGAAGCUCUCCGACUUCCGCACCAUCAUGGACACGAUCGGCGAGCGGGGAUCCCAGGGCUGCGAGAUCUGCAAGCCCGCCAUCGGCAGUGUCCUCGCCGGCCUCCACAACGAGCACGUCAUGCUCCCGAAACACCACGGCAACCAGGACACGAACGACAAGUUCAUGGCCAACAUCCAGCGCAAUGGGUCCUUCUCCGUCGUCCCGCGCAUGGCCGGAGGCGAGGUCAAGCCCGAGCAGCUUGUGGCCAUUGGCCAAAUUGCUUCCGACUACGGUCUCUACACCAAGAUCACGGGCGGGCAGCGCAUCGACAUGUUUGGAGCCAAGAAGCCUGACUUGCCCGACAUCUGGGCCAGGUUGCACCAAGUCGGUCUCGAAUCUGGCCAGGCGUACGGCAAGUCUCUGCGCACUGUCAAGUCGUGUGUUGGCUCUACCUGGUGCCGCUUUGGUGUCGGCGAUUCGGUUGGCCUGGCCAUCGACCUGGAGAACCGGUACCGUGGUGUGCGUGCUCCUCACAAAUUCAAGGGUGGUGUCUCAGGAUGCGUGCGCGAGUGCGCCGAGGCGCAGUCCAAAGACUUUGGCCUUAUCGCGACAGACAAGGGCUGGAACAUGGUGCGCAUCCUCGACCGCUACAUCAUGUUCUACAUCCGCACCGCCGAGCACCUCCAACGCACCGCUCCGUGGGUGGAGUCGUUCGACGGCGGCCUGGCCAAGCUCCAGCGCAUCCUCAUCGACGACGAGCUGGGUAUCUGCGCCGACCUCGAGGCAGAGAUGGCGUCUUUGGUCGACUCGUACGAGGACGAGUGGAAGAAGGCGGUACAGGACCCAUUGGUGCGCUCCAAGUUCCGCCAGUUUGUCAACACGCCCGAACGCAGGGAGGCCGUAGAGAUCGUCGCUGAGCGUGGCCAGAACCGCGCUGCCGACUGGCCGAAAGAGUUCCCCUCGCAGAAGUUUACCCUCGCGUCGCUUCCGCCCAAGUCCGAGUGGAAGUGGGUGCCGCUCGCCGCCGUGUCCGACCUCGCACCCAACAACGAGAACACAACGUCCGCAGCCGUACGCUAUGGAGACUCGCAGCUGGCCAUCUUCCACGUUCCGCACAAGGGCUACUAUGCCACGCAGCAGAUGUGCCCGCACAAGCGCGCCUUUGUACUCGACCACGGCAUUAUCGGCGACAAGAACGGCGAGCUGUACGUCAGCUGUCCGCUGCACAAGCGCAACUUCAAGCUGGACAAUGGCGACUGCAUCAACGACGGCGAUUACUCGGUACUAGCCUUCGAGGUGCGAUCCGAGGGCGGCAAGCUUCUCGUACGGCUACCGCCCGCGGAUGAGCUGGACAUGGUCAUCGGCACCUCCAAGUGGAUGGUCCGCAAGGACACGGCCAAGGAGAUGGGCGGCAUUGCGGCUACGGCAGUAGGUGGCUGCGGAGGCGACGGCUGUGGCAACCCCAAACUAGAGUGGUAG